UGUGCAGUUAAGCCGCGUGUGGGGCAGAGCUGCGCACCCGCCUCCCUGGCUCACUCGCUCCUGCUUUCCCUUGUCUCCUCCAGCAUGCGGUCAGCCAGUUGCACGGGGACCACAGGAGAGUUCUUCCUAGGAACGACUGUUAGUCCCUGCUCACCCGCAAGCCGAGAGCUGUAGCAGAGCUUCAAAGUUGGAGCCGACGCCCACUCUACUGCCCCACGCCCCUUUACCCCACUUCUCCGAAAUUCACCGACCUUCGCUUGCACUGCCUAAGGAUUGCAAUCCCAGUGGGGUAGAGCAACCGGCAAACCCGCCCUGGCUUUCUUUAUAAUCCUCCUCUUCUCUAGGUACCCUGUCUCACUGAAGACUCUGCAGAUACACCCCUAUAAAAGGAGGGAAGAAGGGGGGAGGGGACAGAGAAGGGAGAAAGAGAACGAGUAAAAGGGGGGAAAAUGAGAAGGAAAGGAUGCCAGAAGGUCCAUGCCUCCGCUGAGAGUCCCAAUUAGCUGCAACGGUUUCAGCCUGUCCAAGGUGAAGGAAAGUUGCUUCCGCGCCUAGGAAGUGGGUUUGCCUGUAAAGAGGAGGAGGGGAACUGGGCUCUGAAGUGCUUCCCUUCCCUCUGCAGAAGACCACUGGGUCCCCAUUUCCCCCAACCUCCUCCCUCUUUUCUCCUCUACCCCUCCCUUUUCCCACUCCCCCUUGACUUGGAGGCCUGGAUGCUCUGCCGCUGGGCAAUGGUCCAGCGCACAGCCAGGAGGGGGCGGGGGCAGGGGGCACUGUGACAGGAAGCUGCACGCACAAGUUGGCCAUUUCGGGGGCAAAAUAAGUUCUCCCUUGGAUUUGGAAAGGACAAAGGCAGCAAGCUACCCCUUUUGUGUCGGAUGAAGAGGACCAACCAUGAGCCAGAGCCCGAGUGCAGGCUCACCUCCGCUGCCACCAUGGUCAGCUCCAGUUCCUGCCAGGAGUUGUCGGUGCGAGGUUGAAUGAAGAAUGAAUUUAUAAGAGAUGAAGUGGGAAGACCAGUGGCCUUAAGCCUGGUUGGUGAUAAUUUAACCAUAGGCUCAUCCCUGAAGCAGUGGCUACACCUAGACACUCUGGAUAUUCAGGAAUUUGGUGACAGGCGCUGUUAGUCUGAUCCUCCCUUACAUGAAGGCCAAGACAAAGAUCCAGUUUGGAAAUGAGAAAGGAGAACUAGUGGGCGCCGUUGGCUCUAUCUCUUGAUAUCUCCCAGAGGCGCAGAAAAAGGAUUCAUGAAGAUGUGGACAAGACUUCAAGUUCUUACUUUAGCUUUAUUUUCAAAGGGAUUUUUACUCUCUUUAGGGGAUCAUAACUUUAUGAGGAGGGAGAUUAAAAUAGAAGGUGACCUUGUUUUGGGGGGCCUAUUUCCUAUUAAUGAAAAAGGCACUGGAACUGAAGACUGUGGGCGAAUCAAUGAAGAUCGAGGGAUCCAACGCCUGGAAGCUAUGUUGUUUGCUAUUGAUGAAAUCAACAAAGACAAUUACCUUCUACCCGGAGUGAAAUUGGGUGUUCAUAUUCUGGAUACAUGUUCAAGGGAUACCUAUGCUUUAGAGCAAUCACUGGAGUUUGUCAGGGCAUCUUUGACUAAAGUGGAUGAAGCUGAGUAUAUGUGUCCUGACGGAUCGUAUGCCAUUCAAGAAAAUAUCCCUCUGCUCAUUGCAGGGGUCAUUGGUGGCUCUUACAGCAGUGUUUCCAUACAGGUGGCAAACCUGCUGAGGCUCUUCCAGAUCCCUCAGAUAAGCUAUGCGUCCACCAGUGCCAAACUCAGCGACAAAUCACGCUAUGAUUACUUUGCCAGGACCGUGCCCCCCGACUUCUACCAAGCCAAAGCCAUGGCCGAGAUCUUGCGCUUCUUCAACUGGACCUACGUGUCUACUGUGGCCUCUGAGGGCGACUACGGAGAGACUGGGAUUGAGGCCUUUGAGCAAGAAGCCCGCCUGCGCAAUAUCUGCAUCGCGACCGCAGAGAAGGUGGGCCGCUCCAACAUCCGCAAGUCCUAUGACAGUGUGAUACGCGAGCUGCUGCAGAAGCCCAAUGCGCGAGUCGUGGUCCUCUUCAUGCGCAGUGACGAUUCACGCGAGCUCAUUGCCGCAGCCAGCCGCGUCAAUGCUUCCUUCACCUGGGUAGCCAGCGAUGGCUGGGGCGCACAGGAAAGCAUUGUCAAAGGCAGCGAGCAUGUGGCAUAUGGUGCCAUCACUCUGGAGUUGGCCUCGCAUCCUGUCCGCCAGUUCGACCGCUAUUUCCAGAGUCUCAACCCUUACAACAAUCAUCGCAACCCCUGGUUUCGGGACUUCUGGGAACAGAAGUUCCAGUGUAGCCUCCAGAACAAGAGAAACCACAGGCGGGUUUGCGACAAGCACCUGGCCAUUGACAGCAGCAACUAUGAGCAAGAAUCCAAGAUCAUGUUUGUGGUGAAUGCUGUCUAUGCCAUGGCCCAUGCCCUGCACAAAAUGCAGCGCACCCUCUGUCCUAACACUACCAAGCUCUGCGAUGCAAUGAAGAUCCUGGAUGGAAAGAAGCUGUACAAGGAUUACUUGCUGAAAAUCAAUUUCACAGCUCCAUUCAACCCAAAUAAAGGUGCAGAUAGCAUCGUCAAGUUUGACACUUAUGGAGAUGGAAUGGGACGAUACAACGUGUUCAAUUUCCAGUUUGUGGGUGGAAAGUAUUCCUACUUGAAGGUUGGUCACUGGGCAGAAACCUUAUCAUUAGAUGUUGACUCUAUCCACUGGUCCCGGAACUCAAUCCCCACUUCCCAGUGCAGCGACCCCUGUGCCCCCAAUGAAAUGAAGAACAUGCAACCAGGGGAUGUCUGCUGCUGGAUUUGCAUCCCAUGUGAGCCUUACGAAUACCUGAUUGAUGAGUUUACCUGUAUGGACUGUGGGCCUGGGCAGUGGCCCACUGCAGACCUAUCUGGAUGCUUUGAUCUUCCUGAGGACUACAUCAGAUGGGAAGAUGCCUGGGCCAUUGGCCCAGUCUCCAUUGCCUGCCUGGGGUUUAUGUGUACGUGCAUGGUUGUAACUGUGUUUAUCAAGCACAACAACACACCCUUGGUCAAAGCAUCAGGCCGGGAACUCUGCUACAUCUUGCUGUUUGGGGUUAGCCUGUCAUAUUGCAUGACAUUCUUCUUCAUUGCCAAACCAUCACCUGUCAUUUGUGCUUUGCGCCGGCUUGGGCUGGGGACUUCCUUUGCUGUCUGUUAUUCAGCCCUGCUGACCAAGACAAACUGCAUCGCCCGUGUCUUCGAUGGGGUCAAGAAUGGCGCUCAGAGGCCCAAAUUCAUCAGCCCCAGUUCACAGGUUUUCAUCUGCCUGGGUCUGAUACUGGUGCAAAUUAUAGUAGUGUCUGUGUGGCUCAUCCUGGAGGCUCCAGGCACCAGGAGGUAUACUCUUCCAGAGAAGCGGGAAACAGUCAUCUUAAAAUGCAAUGUCAGAGAUUCCAGCAUGCUGAUCUCUCUUACCUAUGAUGUGAUCCUGGUGAUUCUAUGCACUGUGUAUGCCUUCAAAACAAGGAAGUGCCCGGAAAACUUCAAUGAAGCCAAGUUCAUAGGUUUUACCAUGUACACCACCUGCAUCAUCUGGUUGGCCUUCCUCCCUAUAUUUUAUGUGACAUCGAGUGACUAUAGAGUGCAGACGACAACCAUGUGCAUCUCCGUUAGCCUGAGUGGCUUUGUGGUCUUGGGCUGUUUGUUUGCACCCAAGGUGCACAUCAUCCUGUUCCAACCCCAGAAGAAUGUGGUCACACACAGACUGCACCUCAACAGGUUCAGUGUCAGUGGAACGGGAACCACAUAUUCUCAGUCCUCUGCAAGCACGUAUGUCCCGACGGUGUGCAAUGGGCGGGAAGUCCUAGACUCCACCACCUCGUCUCUGUGAUUGUGAUUUGCAGUUCAGUUAUUGUGUUUUUAGACUGUUAGACAAAUGUGCUCAUGUGCAGCUCCAGAAUGGAAACAGAGCAAAAGAACAAUUCUAGUACCUUUUUUUAGAAACAGUACAAUAAAUUAUUUUUGAGGACUGUACAGUAUAUAGUGAUGUGCUAGAACUUUCUAGGAUGAUUUUAGUGCCCCUAUUAUUAACAAUUCCCCAGAACAUGAAAAUAACCAUUGUUUACAGAGCUGAGCAUUGGUGACAGGGUCUGACAGGGUCAGUCAGUCUACUAAAAAAAAAAAAAAUACGGUGGCAAUAUUAGGUAACUUUUUUCCUAUGAAGUUUUUUGUAGGUUCUUGUUGUAACUAAUUUAGGAUGAGUUUCUAUGUUGUAUAUUAAAGUUACAUUACGUGUAACAGAUUGUUUUUCUGAGCACAAAAUAAAAAGCAUCUGUAUUAAUGUAAAGUUAUUGGGAAUAAAACCUUCAAGGUUUUCCAGCAUGGUGGAUAAUGGUUUGUCCUUUCUC